AUGGCUCUUUCGAAACCAGCUUUCUUAAAUCACCUCAAACUGCUGGUGAGAACCCACCACCACCCGCUACGCCCUGCCGUCAUAUCUCUCCGACAUUUAUCAUUUGCCACACCAGAAGACGCCGCCGCAGAACGUCGCCGCCGAAAACGUCGCCUCCGUAUCGAACCCCCUCUUAACGCUCUCCGCUCCAACACCCAAUCGCAGCCUCGACCUACUCCGACCCCAAAUCAAAACCCUAACGCCCCAAAAAUCCCCGAACACGUCUCUGUUCUCACCGGCAAACGCCUCGAGCUCCAUAACCGUAUUCUCAAACUCAUCCGCGAAAAUGAUUUACAAGAAGCCGUUCUCUUGACGCGUCACUCAGUCUACUCCAACUGCAAACCCACCAUCUUCACAUGUAACGCCGUCAUGAACGCCUGUCUUCGGCAGUCUAAAUACGCAGAUCUCCUUAACCUUCACCGUUUCAUCACGCAAGCAGCUAUCGCGGCGAACAUCGUCUCUUAUAACCUCAUCAUCAACACCUAUAUGGAUUGCCGGAAAAUCGAUACCGCUUUGGAACACUACAAACAAUUAAUCGAUAAUGCUCCUUUUGAACCCAACACAACGACAUUCCGGAUUAUAGUAAAAGGGCUUGUUGACAACGAUAAGCUGGAGAAGGCUUUGGAAAUCAAAGACGACAUGUUAUCGAAAGGGUUUGAAGCCGAUCCAACUGUUUAUUAUCAUUUGAUGACUGGGCAAGCAAAGAACGAGAACCCUGAUGGAAUCUUCAAUCUGUACGAGGAAUUGAAAGAGAAAUUAGGUGGAUUUGUUCAUGAUGGCGUUGUUUAUGGCAGUGUGAUGAAAGCGUAUUUCUUGAAAGGAAUGGAGAAGGAGGCUAUGGAAUGCUACGAAGAAGCUCUGCGUGAGGAAUCAAAGAUCAGGAUGAGUGCAAUGGCGUAUAAUUCCUUACUGGACGCCCUGUCUAAAAAUGGAAAGUUCGAUAUCGCACUGAAGCUGUUAGAUAGAAUGCUACAAGAGCACAACCCUCCUAUACUUCUCAGAGUCAAUCUCGGUAGCUAUAAUCUAAUGGUGGAUGGCUACUGUGCAGAAAAAAGAUUCGAUGAAGCAAUAAACACCUUCAAUCAAAUGGGGAAGACACGAUGUCAUCCAGACACUCUUUCAUUCAACAAUCUAAUCGAGCAAUUGUGCAACAAUGGAAUGUUAUCUAAAGCAGAAGAACUCUACAACACUAUGAACGAAAAACAGGUAACCCCAGAUGAACACACUUUUGUUGUAUUAAUGGACACUUGUUUCCAAGAAAAUCGCCCAGAAGAUGCAGCUGCAUAUUUCAAAACAAUGAUUGAAUCCAAACUGAGGCCAAAUCUAACAGUUUACAAUCGGUUAAUGGAUGGGUUAAUAAAAGUUGGGAAAGUUGAUGAUGCAAAAUCUUUCUUUGAUAUGAUGGUGCCUAAGCUAAAAAUGGAUGAUGAUAGCUACAAGUUUAUAAUGAAAGCUUUGUUUGACAUCAAGAAACAUGAUGAAGUUCUUGAAAUGAUUGGUAGAAUGUUGAGGGAGGAGCCAUUGGAGUUUUCUGAUGAGUUGCAGGUUUUUGUAAGGGAAGAGUUAAAGAAAGAAGAUAGGGAGGAUGAUUUGGUGAAGUUAAUGGCGGAUAUUGAGAGAGAGAAAGCUGAGGUGGCAGCUAAAGAGGCUGAGGAAGCUGAGAAGGCGAAAGCUAGUAUCACAUCUGUGUACUCUAAUUUCUUGCCACUUAAGUUGAAGGGUGAUGAUGGUGGUGAGAGGGUGGUGGAUGGUGAGGUGAAGGCGGAGGAGGGGGAGGAGGAGGAUGACGUGUCAGGUGAGAAGGCAAGUGCAUAA